GAGUUGGUAGUAUCUAAUCGUCUGUGUUUGGCUGUCCUGUUGAAUGUUCUGAAAAGUUGCUUGUCAGGUUCCUAAUUUCAAUUAGACUUUCGUUGUUUAAUAGUAAAACAGUCAAAAUGCCUGACUUUUUAGGAGAUGAAAUGAGGAAGGUGAAAAAGGAUGAUAAAGAGGAAGAAAAAGAAAUUAAAUCUCUUGAUGAGGGAGACAUCGCCCUUCUGAAGACUUAUGGCCAAGGUCAGUAUACAAAGAGCAUCAAGGGGGUCGAGGAUGACAUCCAGACAGUGACGAAGCGAGUCAAUGAGCUGACAGGCAUCAAGGAGUCUGACACUGGCCUAGCUGCACCUGCUCUGUGGGACUUGGCUGCCGACAAGCAAACAUUGCAGAAUGAACAGCCACUGCAGGUGGCAAGAUGUACAAAAAUUAUCAAUGCUGACUCUGACGAUCCGAAAUACAUUAUCAAUGUGAAACAGUUUGCCAAAUUUGUUGUGGACUUGGCAGAUUCAGUGGCGCCAACUGACAUUGAAGAAGGCAUGCGUGUGGGUGUGGAUCGUAACAAGUACCAGAUUCACAUCCCUCUGCCCCCCAAGAUUGACCCCACAGUCACCAUGAUGCAGGUUGAGGAGAAACCAGAUGUGACUUACAGCGAUGUCGGCGGCUGCAAGGAGCAAAUUGAGAAGCUGCGUGAAGUGGUAGAAACUCCUUUGCUCCAUCCAGAGAAGUUUGUCAACCUUGGCAUUGAGCCACCGAAAGGGGUUCUGCUGUUUGGACCUCCUGGAACAGGCAAGACGCUGUGUGCUAGGGCUGUUGCAAAUAGGACGGAUGCCUGCUUUAUUCGUGUCAUUGGCUCGGAGCUGGUACAGAAAUAUGUUGGGGAGGGUGCGAGAAUGGUGCGUGAGCUAUUUGAAAUGGCCCGCAGUAAGAAAGCUUGUCUAAUUUUCUUUGACGAAAUAGAUGCCAUAGGAGGAGCACGAUUCGAUGAUGGUGCUGGUGGGGAUAAUGAGGUACAGAGAACCAUGUUGGAACUCAUUAAUCAGCUGGAUGGCUUUGACCCUCGUGGAAACAUAAAGGUGCUUAUGGCUACAAAUCGUCCAGACACGCUUGACCCCGCCCUCAUGAGGCCUGGACGACUUGACAGGAAAGUGGAAUUUGGACUGCCAGACCUAGAAGGUCGAACCCACAUCUUCAAGAUCCAUGCUCGCUCCAUGAGUGUUGAGCGUGAUAUUCGCUUUGAGCUUCUGGCAAGGCUUUGCCCCAACAGCACAGGGGCUGAAAUACGAUCUGUCUGCACAGAAGCAGGCAUGUUUGCCAUCCGAGCUCGAAGGAAGGUUGCAACAGAGAAGGAUUUCCUGGAAGCUGUGAACAAAGUGAUCAAGUCUUAUGCCAAAUUUUCAGCCACCCCACGCUACAUGACCUACAACUGAGCAUUUCCUAGUUAAGUAUCAGAGAGUGAUAAUAAAGAUUUGCAGUUGAUAUGUAA